AUGCAGGUUGCCACAUUUGGAUCUACCUGUUCUCCGUGCUCCGCACAACACGUAAAAAAUGUAAAUGCCGAAGAAUUCCUCGACCGCUACCCCCAAGCGGUGAAAGCGAUAAUUGAAAACCAUUACGUCGAUGAUUAUCUCGAUAGUUUCAAAACGGUGAAUGAGGCAAUUCAGAUAGGAUGCCAGGUGAAAAUGAUCCACAAGGAUGGAGGCUUUGAGAUCCGGAAUUUUUUAUCAAAUUCACAUGCGGUUUUGGAAGGUAUCGACGAAGCGGUUUUCCGCGAAUGUAAAGAACUGAAUCUAGAAACGACUAGUGGUACUGAAUCUGUAUUGGGCAUGAAAUGGCUGACUGAGGACGAUUGUUUCACCUUUUCGAUAUCAACACACGCUGAACUACGGCAAAUUCUAUUGGCCUCCCACGUACCUACCAAACGGGAAGUGCUUAAAGUCGUGAUGAGUCUUUUUGAUCCGUUGGGGUUGAUCGCAAACGUCAUUAUUCAUGGUAGAAUACUAAUGCAAAAUAUCUGGUCGUCAGGGGCUGAAUGGGACGACAAAAUCAAUCUUGCCCUUUUCGAACAAUGGCGUCAAUGGAUUACGAUAAUUUCAACCUUAGAAUGUCUGAAAAUACCACGUUGUCUUUUCCCAGCCACUAAUAUCGAUGAUUUACACACUUUACAAGUUCAUAUCUUUGUCGACGCCAGCUCCAGUGCUUAUUCCGCGGUAGGCUACUUUCGGAUUGUAGGCAAACACGGUCCCCAUGUGGCACUGGUGACCGCUAAAACAAAGGUAGCUCCAUUAAAAGCAAUAACUAUACCAAAAUUAGAACUAUUAGCGGCUGUUCUUGGUACACGUUUGUUGAACAGUAUAUGUUCUGUGCACACCUUAACUACGAUUAAACGCUUUUUGUGGACUGAUUCCAGCACGGUGGUGGCGUGGAUAAAAUCAAAGCAACGAAAAUUUAACAGCUACGUUGCCGUUCGCGUAGGAGAAAUUCUUGCUACAACUAGUGCGGACGAAUGGAGAUGGAUAUCUACUAAAGACAAUGUGGCAGACGAUGCCACCCGAUGGGGAAAGGGCCCGAACGUGACAAUAAACAAUCGGUGGUUCAACGGACCCGAGUUUUUGUAUUUAGACGAAGCGAACUGGCCACAACCAACCUUGAAAGCCACUAACACGGAAGAACAUCUCAUGAUACACCAACACACGUUAUCAGAGCCUCUAAUUGAAGUGAACCGAUUUAGUCGUUGGGAAAAAUUGAUGCGUGCACAAGCAUAUGUUCAUCGGUUCAUCGACAACAUCAAGAAAAAACAUCGAAAUAUGUCAAUUGAGAGAGGAAAUAUUCUACAAGAAGAGAUUAUUCGUGCGGAAAAUUCGCUUUGGCGACAAUCUCAGGCCGAAACUUUCUCUAAUGAAAUCGUAAUAUUGGAGAAAUCUAAGGGGCAGCCGCAGAUGAAACAUCCAAAUGUAUCCAAAUCGAGCAGCAUCGCAUUGCGUUGGCCGUAUAUGGAUGUGAAUGGAAUUCUACGUAUGAGAGGGCGUAUAGAUGCUGCUAGCUGGACUAUUAUCACAGGAAAUAUCGCCAUGCAAAUCGAGAAACCGUCAUCAAUGAAAUUCGCCAGCGCUUCGAAAUUCCCAAACUAA